UGGCUUGAGAUGAGUUCCCUGUCAUGACUUGUAACAGAUAAACCUUGCUUUUGCAUUCUGGUAUGCUCAUCCUUGGUGGUCUCUCCAGGGGUUACGAUCUGGGCACAACAGUACCACAGCUUGUGAGACAUUAUAAUAAAUCCACUUUCUACAUAUAUGGAGAGACUCAUUCUACCAGUCUUGUUCAUGUAGAGAACCUUAAAUAAUGCAGCUGGUUUUUGUUUUUGUUUUUGUUUUUAACUUGCUCACUGAGGAAGACAUGUUGGCUAACAGUAGUGCUCGUAAAGACAUUUUCCUAGCUCCAUUAUUCUCUAAGUACUCAACUUUUAUGAAGCCUACUCUUUUUAUUAUUAUUCAUUUGCCAAGAGUUUGCUCUGAAUUUCAGGAAUAAAACUCCUAAAGCAAUGGAGCCAUCCAUCCAGCCUUCUGAUUGGAGAAAGACCUAUUAUCUUGUUUGAGAUCUGGUUCCUGCUUUUCUUUCCUGGUUGUAUGAAGACCCUGUGACAACCAGUUAAAAAGUACCUGCAGUUCAUCUGAUCUCAAUGUGAAACCACAGAACAAACAUUUCCUUUUGUGUCCUUAAAUCUCUUUUUAAUUGUUAAUAUUCUGGGCACCCUUCCACCUUUGGGACAGGGAAUCAUAGCAUAGUAUAGUGGGCUGUGCAAACUAGCUAGUUAGCUACAUUGUGCCCAGGAGGAAAAAGGGGACGUGCUUAUGGAGUGCAGGCAGAUGGCAGGGCCUGCUGCUAUUGGAGCCAGGGGCAAGUACUAUUGAAAUGCGUAUCUCUGUUGAUCUGGAAAAGGUCUUUGUGGUGGAAGUCAGAGUCAGGAACCAUUGUGCUGUGUCUUUAAGUACACUGUAACUCUAUGGGAGGUGCUCUUGUCACUCAGGCCUCACUAGCCAAUCAGGCCCUGUAGGUGACCCGCCAGUCAGAUGUGGUGCAGGGCUCUUCCGGGGGCCGGGCUUCAGACUUGGCUUUGAAGAGGAGCUGGCGCAGGUGAGUUUGUGUGCUGUUCUACCAUUGCUGCUGCAAGGAGCUGAGCACAGAGCUUGGACAAGUUGGGAAACCACGACAUGAAUGCAGUGACCUAUGAUGAUGUGCAUGUUGAUUUCACUUGGGAAGAGUGGACUUUGCUGGGUCUUUCCCAGAAGAAUCUCUACAAAGAUGUGAUGCUGGAGACCUACAUGAACCUCACUACUAUAGGAUACAGUUGGGAAGACCCUAAUAUUAAAGAACAUUGUCAAAGUUCUAGAGGACAUCAAAGGCAUAAUGGAAGUCAAAGUAGAGAGAAACCUGUAUAUACUCAAUGUGUUAAAGCCUUUGCAUCUGAGAGUCAUCUUCACAGUCAUGAAAAAAUAUGUACUGUAGAGAUACCCUAUGAAUGUAAUCAGUGUGGUAAAGCCUUUGCAUAUCAAAGUCAUCUUCAAAAGCAUAAAAGAACACAUACUGGAGAGAAACCCUAUGAAUGUAAUCAAUGUGGUAAAGCUUUUGCUCAUCAGAGUACUCUUCAAAGGCAUAAAAGAACACAUACUGGAGAGAAACCCUAUGAAUGUAAUCAAUGUGGUAAAGCCUUUGCUCAUCAGAGUACUCUUCAAAGGCAUAAAAGAACACAUACUGGAGAGAAACCUUAUGAAUGUAAUCAGUGUGGUAAAGCCUUUGCAUUUAACAAUUAUCUUCAAAAGCAUAAGCGAACACAUACUGGAGAGAAACCUUAUAAAUGUAUUCAGUGUGGUAAAGCCUUUGCUCAUCAAAGUAAUCUUCAAAUGCAUAAAAGAACACAUACUGGAGAGAAACCCUAUGAAUGUAACCAGUGUGGUAAAGCCUUUACUCAACGCGGUCAUCUUCAAAUACAUAAAAGAACACAUAUUGGAGAGAAACCCUAUGAAUGUAAUCAGUGUGGUAAAGCCUUUGCUGAGCAUAGUACUCUUCGAAUGCACAAAAGAACACAUACUGGAGAGAAACCUUAUGAAUGUAAUCAGUGUAAAAAAGCCUUAGCAUAUAAAAGUCAUCUUCAAUUGCAUAAAAGAAAACAUACUGGAGAGAAGCCAUAUGGAUGUAAUCAGUGUCAUAAAGCCUUUGCAUGUAAGAGUACUCUUCAAAUGCAUAAAAGAGUACAUACUGGAGAUAAACCCUAUGAAUGUAAUCAAUGUGGUAAAGCCUUUGCUCAUCACAGUAGUCUUCAAAUGCAUAAAAGAACACAUACUGGAGAGAAACCACAUGGAUGUAAUCAAUGUGGUAAAGCCUUUACACGUAAUAGUACUCUUCAAAUACAUAAAAGAAUGCAUACUGGGGAGAAACCCUUUGAAUGUAAUCAAUGUGGUAAAGCCUUUGCAAAUCACAAUAGUCUUAAAUUACAUAGAAGAAUACAUACUGGAGAUAAACCCUAUGAAUGCAGUCAAUGUGGUAAAGCCUUUGCACGUUACAGUAAUCUUCUAAAGCAUAAACGAACACAUACUGGAGAGAAACCCUAUGAAUGUAAUCAGUGUGGUAAAGCCUUUGCAUGUACCAGUAAUCUUCGAUAUCAUGAGAAAAAAGCAUACUGUAGUGGAACCCUAUAAAUGUAGUCAGUGUGGUAAAGUUUUAUACUUUGAUUAUACAGGAGUAAAACUUUGUGUGCCAUCUGUUAAAACCUUUGCAUAUUACAAUAGUCUUCGAGUACCUGAAAAAGAUACUGAGGGCUUCUUAUUAUAAAGUAUUUGGUAGGAUCUUUAGCCAACACACUUAAAUCAUUUAAACAACAGUAUUGUGUAGAUAAAAAUGUUGACAGUGUCAACCAUCUGUUCACACAUUUUGAUGUCCAUUUUUAUAUUGUUUGCACCAGCUAACUCAUGGGAAAAAUGAAUUUAUGAAUUUAUGAAGCCCUAUGUGUAGGGUAAAGGGGCCAGCCAAAGAAACAUACCCUGACCCUAAAACCAGAGUCAAAGAAACACUUUGUCCCUGAAAUCAGAGCCAAAGAAACACAUCUACCCUUGACCAACUGAGCACAAAACCAACCAGUCUCUGAGCUUGAAACCAACCAAUACAUGAGCAUGAAAUUCAGCCAAUCUCCAAACUUGUUCAUGCUCAGGGAUUAAAAUCUGACCAAUUCCUGCCCUGAAAAUAUGCCUGGAAAACUGCACCUCUAAGAAUCUUGUUCAAUUGGCAGCUUCCCUUUUCUACCCUGGCAGAGCCACUGCCCUGUAUACGUCCCUCCAAAAUAAAUGUCUUGAAUGAG